AUGACGGUGCUCAGUUCGAUAGCGGAAGAUCUUGAUAAAGAUGAAUGGAAAAAAAGCAAAAAAAAACAAAAAAAUUUAGAUGGUUACUCGACAACAGCCAUCGAGUACCAUUGGUGUGGAGCAGCGAAUCCGAACUGUCCGACAGCCGUGGUGGCCGAUGAUGUCGAACUACCUUCGUACCGCUUCGCCAAAGUGUGCAUGGACAGAACAAUGGCCACUACCGCUUCGGGUUCCUACUCGCGCCUCCUGUUGCUCUUCAUUUUCGAUCGAGAAAGCGGAUUCUAUAUGCUGCAGAUUUUCGUACCAGCUGCGCUCGUCGUAGUCAUCUCCUGGGUAAGCGUAAGCAUAAAGCAGGAGCAGAAAGACCGCAGAAGCAAGAGCCAUGAAUUGCAGGUGUCGUUCUGGAUCUCACGUGAUUCGGCGCCGUCUCGAACAAUCAUCGGUGUUAUGACGGUGCUCACAGAGACCCAUCUGAUGACCGGCACGAAUCGACGGCUACCGCCGGUGGCCUAUGUGAAGGCCGUAGAUGUUUACCUAGGCUUCUGCUAUCUGCUCGUGGUACUCGCUUUGAUUGAGUACGCCUGCGUUGCUUAUUCCAAGAAAAAGAAUGAAGAUCGUCGACGUCGUGAGAAGAAAAGUGAGCAUAAACCCACGCCACCAACCCCAGACUUGUUACAUGACGCUCGCCUGGCUGAAUGCACAUGCAAUGCAGCUCCUACGUCAAUCAUUGCCGUCAUCAAGCAACCGAAUCGCUUCUGUAUCCGUCACUCCCACAUUGACAUUGUCAGCCGAGUCGUUUUCCCUUCUGCUUUUGUCCUCUUCAAUCUGUUCUUCUGGGUGAUUCUGUUGGCAAAAGCGAAACGUCUACCGUACUUCAGCCCCAGCCCCAAUCCUCGAUGUUGA